GUUCUACGAGCCCUUAUCCUCCUGUUGAGUAUGUGACACGGCUAUCUUGGCAUAUUAUCGUUGAUAUUGUGGAUUGUCCAUGAAUAGCACGCUCCAGAUGACUGCACAAUAUAAGCCGGUCCUCACCAGUGGGUAAUCUUGUGUCUCUCACAAGAUCCCAAGAACGCUCUAUUCGCCUCACAAUGUCUUCUAUCACCGACAAGAAGUCUAUUGAUGCUCGCGAGGACAAGAAGAGUUCCGCUUCUAGGGAUGAGGAGAAACAUGUCUUUGAGACUGAUGCAGUAUCCAUCGUUGAUUCGUCGGACGGAGAUGAAGCCCUCAAACUCGUAGGCCGGGAGCGUGAGGCUCAGUUUAGCGAGGAGUAUAACAAGAAGCUGCGUCGGAAAUUGGACUUUCUCAUUCCGCCAAUCUGUGCUGCGGUUUAUUUCACGCAGUUUCUCGACAAGACCUCGUUGAAUUAUGCAAGCAUCAUGGGUUUGCCGAUCACUGGCCAGCAUUAUAACCUAGUGUCUCUUGCAUUCUAUCUCGGUUUCCUCGUGUGGGAGUUCCCCACAGUGUACAUCUCGCAGAAACUCCGCAUUGCCAAAUAUCUGGGAGCAAAUAUUGUCGUCUGGGGAAUCGUUCUGAUGUUGCACGCGUCGACGACUUCCUUCGGGGGAUUCUUCGCUCUUCGUUUCUUGCUAGGAAUGUGCGAGAGUUGUGUCGCUCCCAUCUUGAUCUUGAUCAUUUCCAUGUUUUACAAGAAAGACGAGCAGGGAACGAGAAUCUCUUGGUUCUAUGUUAUGAAUGGCCUCACGCAGGUCUUCGGUGGCUUCGUCGCCUACGGCAUUUCCUUCUACAGCGGAAAGAAUAUCACGCCCUACAAGAUACUCUAUCUACUUUUCGGCGGUCUUGCUAUCCUCGUGGGGCUCUGCGUUCUUGUCUGGCUGCCAGACUCACCCAUACACGCACACAUGCUCACGAAGGAAGAACGUAUCGCGGUUUUGGAACGUGUUCGUGACGAUCAAGGAGGAAUGGAGAACAAAAAAUGGAAGAAGGACCAGAUUAUAGAAGCUCUCACCGAUAUACGAACAUGGCUCAUUGUCUUAACGACUUUGCUGACGAGCAUCCCUAAUGGCGCUCUCAGCAACUUCAGCAACAUCAUUAUCAAGAACUUUGGCUAUACUUCGAAGCAAACCCUGAUUCUAGCUACGCCCGGCGGCCUGAUUGCUUCGAUCACAGUACUGCUCUGUGGUUGGUACUCUGACAGGAAGAAUGAACGCAUGUUGCCCAUUGUCAUGUGUUUGAUACCCACAAUCAUCGGUUCCGCAAUGCUCGUUGGGUUGAAUGACUCGGGAAAGAAGGGUGCUCUGUUGUUUGCAUCGUACAUCAUCGGCACAUUCGGAAGUGCAUUGUCCACAAUAUACGCCUAUAAUGCCAGCAAUACCAGUGGGCAUACCAAGAAGAACACUAUCAACGCCAUUACGCUGGCAUCCUUCAGUUUAGGCAAUAUCAUUGGCACGGAGAUCUUCCUGCCUAAAGAUGCUCCAUCAUACAUUCCGGGCAAGAUUGCGAUACUCGUCCUUCUGACUGUACAACUAUUUGUGUCGUUCCUGCUUCGGUGGAUUAACCUGCGCCUCAACAAGAAGAAGCAAGCUAAGCUGGCUGAAGAAAAAGCCCGGAGAGGCUGGACGGACGUUGACGUUCAAAAGGAACGCGAAAGACACGCUUUCCUUGAUCUCACAGACAAACAGAACAUGUUCUUUAUCUAUACUGCUUGACGGAGGCUUCCGUCGACUGGUAGCGGGUAAUCCGAUGUCUUCUGUUAGACGAUGUACCGUUGUAGUCUAUCAUUAUAAUCAGCUACAUCAAUGCCCGCGACGUUUGUACAUCUGAUGUCAUGAAGGGUAUCGUCAACAAAUCGUGACUUGAGCU